AUGUGGGUCGCCCGCCAUGACCCCCACCUCCACCUCAAGCGCGGUCGAGACGAGCAGACCAACUCUCUACCGAAGGUCAAGAUGCCCGACUCCAAGAAGCCAAGUGACGACGGACAGCUCAGCGACACGCUCGAGGCCCGCUUGUCCGCCGCGGAACAAGAUGUAGUUGCAGCGAGAAGAAUCGGCGACGACGACGAACUCAUCGCAGUGGCGUCCACUGCUCUACAGGAAAAGCCUAGAGCACCAAGCAAGACAACCAUCAAGUCUCGCAAGAACCUCCUCUGGGCUCGAUCCGAAGCCUAUCGCCGUCAAAAGUCUCACACUCUGGCACUCAAGGAUGCAAAGGCAGUCCUCAAGAUCGAUCCGGACGACGUCGCCGCGUAUAUACAAACUGCAGCAGUGCUCAAGGACGCAGGCCACACGGAACAGGCGCGCGCUUGUCUCGAGAAGGCUGCCGCCUCGGCAGAGAAGUACGAUCGACCGACAAGGAAUACUUGGCUUCGUAGGCUUCAGAAGCAGGCACGCAAGAUUUUGGGCGGGUCCCUGAUGAAUCGCCUCCCGAACGAGAUACUCAUCGAGGUCGCUCUUCACCUGGACACAAAUAGCCGUGUGGCCAUGAGUCAGACGUGUCGCCCUUGGCGCCACCUUCUCGUGAUGUCACCUGGCCUUUGGACCUCACUGGUAGUCAAGGCGAAGCCAACCACGACGACCGUGACGGAAGGCAUGGCUAUCAAGUGGCUCAAUUACAUCAACGCAGGCGCCGAAAAAGCUCGCCAUCGUCUCGAGCACGUCGAAUUAUUCGUACAGUUCCCCAGGGACUUCCUUGGCAAGGCGCUCACCAUCCUACGACUGUCCUCCGAAACCCUCACGCACAUUGACAUCGAGACAUGGGGUCUUGGGCAGUGUUACGAGCUCGAAGACCAGGUCAUCCUACAGGCCUUGCAAGAAUUGCGCAAUCUCGAGGUUCUGGACUUAGCGGCCGCCAGCCUCUCGACCUUCAUCUUUUUGCUGCCAAGAAGGACUGUUGUCGAUUCUGAACCCGCCGUGCGCUUCCCUUUGCCCAAGUUGCAGGAGAUCACUCUAUAUGCUCGUCAAUUGGACCUACGAGCACUUGCCCAUACCCUUCUGAUUCGCGACUACGUUCAAGCCGGAGACGGCCUGGCUACGGCCCGGCGCAAGGCUGCCAAAACACUCGAAACAUUGCGAGCAGGAGCCGCAAAGGCAUCGAAGAUCAUCCCGUUUGAACGAGGCUCUUCUCGAAGCCAAAGGAACGGGCCUCAAGAAUUCCUUCGUCAGGAGGACGAUCCGCCUCUGAAGGACGCGUCGAAGUGCUGCAGGUUGCGUACGCUCAGACUCACCCACAUGGUCGGCAUCGAGGACGAUGUCAAAGAAGCGAUGCGGCUGGUAGUUGCCGACCUGCAGAUCGAGUAUAUACCGCUGUAG